ACUACAAGAGUGCUGUGCUGCAGAAGUUCAUUGUGGUGUAAACAGUCGGGAAAGACUGCUGUAAACUGACUCGCUGAGGCUUGUUUUCUACACAGUUUCUAGUGUUUUUAUUCCCGAGAGAGACUUUUAACAUGUACAUGCCGUUUUCACGGACUCUGCAGGGUUGAUAUUCACGCAGAGGAGUGCUCCCGCCUGCUCUGCGUCUUCGUCGCCGGUGACCAUGCCGGGCGGAGACGGCGCGGUGGCUCGCGGGGCAGAGAGGCGAAAGAGGCAGGUCGCGAGGGAUGUGGCGGUGCAGGGGACCAAUGACAGCAGCGUGGUCAGUAAGGUCUCUGCGGCCAUGCAGGGCUACUUCCCGGAUCCCUUCCUGAAGAGCUUUGUGUGCCGAAGCGUCAGGAGGGCGCCCCUUAUCAACCGGGGCUACUACGUGCGCUGGAAGGCUGUGGACCACUGUGUCAGGGAGUUCCUGCGCGGCACGGCGGGCAGCACCAGGAGACAGGUGCUGUCACUGGGAGCAGGGUUUGACUCGCUGUAUUUCCGGCUGCACAGCGCGGGGGCGCUGGAGGGGUGCGUGGUGUUUGAGCUCGACUUCCCCGACGUGUCGAGACGCAAAGCUGCGCUGGUCGCUGCCAGUCCCAGCCUCAUGGGGGCGGUGCAGAGCCCAACUCCACCGCUGCAGCCUGUGUGUCUGUACAGUGAGCAGUACAGACUGCUGGGGGCGGACCUGAGGGAGCUCCGGGGGGUGGAGUCCGCUCUGAUGGGGGCGGGCCUGGACCCCACCGCCCCCACCCUGCUCCUCUCAGAAGUGGUGCUGACUUACAUGGAGACGGAGAGGUCCGAUGCUCUGAUUGGGUGGGCGGCUGGGCUCCUCCCCCAUGCCGUGUUUGUGAUGUACGAGCAGCUCCGCCCCCACGACCCCUUCGGCAGGGUGAUGCAGGAGCACUUCCGGCGGCUAAGCUCCGCCCUGCACGCGCUCAGUGAGUACCCUGACACCGAGGCCCAGAGACGGCGCUUCCUGGACAGGGGCUGGGAGCAUUGUGUCUGCCUGGACAUGAACCACUUCUACCUGGGCCAGCUGGGGCCGGGCGAGAGGCAGCGAGUGGAGGCCCUGGAGCCCUUCGAUGAGUUCGAGGAGUGGCACCAGAAGUGCUCUCACUACUUCAUCCUGACAGCCUCCAAGGGCUGCCUGACCAGCAUGCCGUUGCUCCCCUCCCCUGUUGCACCUCCAAUUCCCCCGCUGCGCCCCGUGUCUGGGUCGCGAGCCCUGGCAGUGCGGCCCGUGUCCCUGGCCCCUGGAGGGGGCUCUGUGGAGGGACUGGGGCUCGGCUUGGGCGAGCUCAGCCCCGGGGCGGUGCUGCUCAGCGGGGGAGCGGGCCGGGGGGGCCGCGGAGGGGAAGCCCGGGUCCUGAUCAGAGACCAGGCUGGCUGGAGAUGUGCCCGUGUGGAGCCAUGCAGUGAUUGGGGGGUCAGGGUGUUCCACACGGUGACAGCCGUGCCGGGCUGGGGCUGUGUGGUGUACGGUGGACGUUCUUCCCCCCUGCAGCCUGUGACCAGCGUCCUCCGUGUGAAGUAUGACCCCCCGCCGGGCCUCGUGGGUCCCGUGUCUCCGGCUGACCUCUGUCCAGUCCGUCUGUCUGCACGAGAGCUGGUGUGCAGCGGCGGCACAGCACCGCAACCACGAUGGCGGCACACUGCCACCUCGCUGGCCUACAGAGGUCGCGGUUUCCUGUUUGUGUUCGGGGGACGGACGGCGGAAGAGCCGGCGCUGGGCGACGCCCACUUCCUGUGUGUGGAGGAGCAGCGCUGGGUGGAGGUCAGUCGUGCGGAGGGGCGGAGGGGCUGCAGGAUUCCUGGGAGGAGCAGGGGGGCUCUGCCGACGUCUGGACCGCCGUGGCCGUUCCUUGUUCCCAGGGUUUGAUCCGAGUGCGCACGCACGCACACACGGAUCAGCCCGCGGCCUUCGGUUUGAGCCCCCCGAGACCGCCGGGGGUCAGACGGCAAGGUUUAUCACAGAAAGGCAGCCCGUGGGGAAAGGUUCGGGCCUCGAGACGGGUUCCGGUGGGGUGUAUGAGUGUGGUGAACGAGGUGAACUCUUACGCUCAGCUCUGUUUCUCUGUGCUCUCUAGCUUUUCAUUAGUCUGUCUUACUGCCUGUUUCUCUCUUGAGGGUAUGGCACACUCUGAUGCUUUUAAUAAGCAUUUUUCCAUCCUAAAAAGAAUCGGACCAAUGCAAUUCAGUACUACAUUUCCUACAAUAGCAUAGUUUCUGCAAACAUCAUUGGAAAAACGGGUUGAUUUUGGGGUGGAAAAACACCGUCCUCUUCAUCACUUCGGCCUGUAAAAUAUUGUGUCCGUCGUCUGCUUCAAAAAUAUUAAAAACCGGCUACGUACGUGCCCUCUAAAAGUUUUGGGACAGCAGACUCAAAACUGUUUUCUUGCUGCAGAGUCUAACAGUCUGGAUUUGUGAUCAUGACAUCAGUAUUGGUACAGGUGUGAGCCUGGUCAGUACCUGGAUGGGAGACCUCCUGGGAAACACUAAGGCUGCUGCU